UAAAGAGUCUGCAAGUUGACAAGUGUGCAGUGACCUCAAAAUACAGAAAUGUAUGUAACUUCAGUUGAGCCAUGGGACAAUUGAUUCUUUUCUAAAAGCUAGAAAGGGUACCUGGAGACCUCUCAGUAGCUAAGGUUAAAUGAAUCUACUUUAACCUUACUAAGUAAUACUGAUGAUGAUCUCUGUGACCCAGAUUUUAGCAAAAUGCUUGUGUGUAUUGUAUCAUGCUGUUGGCCCAAGUUCUGCAUUUCCGGCGUUGGAUGAUUUAAAUGAAACUGAAGUUGUUCCCCCUGAGCCAAGGACGAAAGUACAGAUCGUAUCUGAACAGCUGGUGACCUUUUUCAACCCAGUGACAUGUCGACCCAAAACAAAUCAGGCAGUGGUGCCUUGCCAAGCUGGGGAAAAGAGCAACAAGUCGUUGUGUCUGGAACACAAGUGCUGCUUCUCGUCUAAAAAGCAUGUUCAGUUGGACUGCUACACUCCACUCAAAGACCGCCCUCAACAGAUCCUGCGGAUGCUUGGUGCUGGGAUAGGAGGACUGAUCAUCCUUGCGUGUCUUCCAUGUUGCUGUUUUAUUGUGGAGAGGAGCCCAUGUUUUAAUGCAUUACGAAGAGGCCCCAAAGGAGAUGAUUCUGAAGAAGACAGUGAUGAUGAGAGUGAUGAAAGCAGUGAUAGCCAUUCUUCAUCAUCCGUCCAAGAUGAUGUUGAGAAACAGACGAGCAAGAAGGAAAAGGGCAAAUAAACCACUCACCGCUAUUUGA